AUGGUAGGAGGAACAGCAUCAUUAACAUGUUUGUCCUGUUCCAAUAACUUAGCCCAACCACAUGAUUGUAAUCGUGUAACUCGAUGUGGAGAUCACGAGGAAUGUUUUACAGACAGAUUUGUGACCGAUGAUGGCCAUUACUAUUUCAAAGUCGGAUGCAGAGAUAUAGAUAGGUGUAUUAGCCCCGUUGCCGUUGGACGACGAAGAGACAUAAAUUUGUGUUCAGAUUGUUGUAAUUCUACUCUAUGUAAUGCACAACAACGUUGUGGAUCGAAAGGCAUCAAUCUUAGAGGUGGACGCUUGUGUUACAAUUGCCAGACUGGUACACUCAGAGCGGAUGACUGCAAUACUAUAACACUGUGUUCUAAUCAGCAGUCCUGCCAAAUUCAACAAAUUUCAACAAUUUUUGGAGAAAGUCGAUGGAAAUCAGGCUGUGAGGAAAACACGAAAUGCCUGAGCAUCUCCAAGAAUACAACCUCAUGUAUAAAUAAUUGCUGUAACAGUAGUUUAUGUAAUAACCACUGUCCUAGACCACCUAGCUCACCAAAAAUUGUAGAUAUAAUCUGGACACCACAUAUUGUACAUUAUGGAGAUAAUGUUUCUGUGUCAUGUGUAACCACAGGAAAUCCUCAUCCGAAAACUGAAUUUUUAUUUCAGCAUGCAACAAAUGUAAAUAACAUGGAUGCAUCUGAAAGUUCUGGAAUCCUUAAAAUUUUCAAAUUCAGUAUCAACAAUAAUGGUUUCUACAAAUGUGUAGCUACCAACAUACACGGACAUGAUGAAUUUAAGUUUCAAAUGGAUGGAGUAUGGUAGUGCAUAGUAUAUUAUAUAAACUCCAAAAAACAAUUAUUAUCAAAUGGUAUUCACCUUGAGAUAUACAUUAUAUACAUAAUUAUUUCUGAACACAUUGCUUUGAAUUGAC